GUAACACAAUUGAUUCAAUAUUUUCUAUACCAACAACACAAAAAAUUACAAAUUUCUUAUAUUAGCAAAAAAAAUGGAUUCAAAGGGAGCAGCACCAAAUCAAGUUUAUGAAGAUUUUGUGCCAACUACAGAGUUGGUGCAAGAAGAAGACUCUGAUACUCUUCUCCUUGAUCUCACAGGUUUCAAAAAGGAACAAGUGAGGGUUCAACUGACCAGAACAGGAGUUGUGAAGAUCAGUGGACAAAGGCCAGUUGCUGAGAGCAAAUGGCUUAGAUUCCAAAAGGAUUUCCCUAUUUCACAAAAUUGCGACAAGACGAAAAUCAGUGCAAAGUUUGAAAAUGGCAUUCUUUAUGUCAAACAACCAAAACUGAUAACUACUUCAUCAGAGAAAAAAGAUCAAGAACUGCCAACAUCUGAUGCCCAACAGCCCAAAGACGAGCUACAACCAACGUCUCAGAAGAAAGAUGAAGAACAAACAAAAGACAAAAAAACACAAACACCAGCACCAACAGAAGAAUUGCCUAAACAUCAGGCUACUAAUGCUGAAAAGCCUGAAAUGGAAGAACCAAACACAAAAGAAACUAAAGAUCUUGCAAAUGAAACACCUGCUGAGAAUACUGGUGCAAAUAGCACUGUGGAAGAUGGAAAUAAACCGAGUUAUGCAUGUAAACUUGACAAAGAUGCAUCUAUUGGAACUGCAGCUGUUCUAGCUGAGAAGCUGAAGAUGCCAAGGAAAUUGAUGAACAUGACUCUGAUUGCUCUUUUGGUUCUUGGAAUUGGCCUAUAUAUCAGCAAUAAGAUGAAAUCCAACAAUUAAAUAGCUGAAGUUGGGAUAUUUGCAUUUCUCCCAGCUCAUGUGAGUGUAUAUGAAGAAAACUCACUGACUACAUGAAACUCUGAUUGCUCCUUCUUCUCACUGCAUUGCUGAAUUGUAUACAUCAAACAUUCAUUUCAAAAAUUUGUAUCGAAUAAAAAUACAGUAUGACAUGAUUUA